AUGAUUCAAUCUAAUACUCAUACUCAUUUUAAUGAGCGUAUUGUUAGAGCAUUAAGAAUUUGGUCUAAGAAUCUUCCUACUGAAACUGAAAAGUGUAUUUCCAAUCUAUGUGGUCUAUUUCCAGAUAUUAGUAAGGAAUUAUGUGAACGAUUGGAAACUCCUCUUUUAAUGAUAUAUGAUAAAGAAGAAUGUAAAUAUUUCAUUGGUUGUACUACUAAUCGUAUAGGAAACCUUUACAGAUCUCCAUAUUCUGGGAAAUUUUAUUAUUAUGAAGAUAGCUUUGAUACUAAUAAUGAUAUUGUGGAACAGGAAGAUGCAGAUUUAGACUCUAUUAGACAAUCACUUGAAUAUAUAAAGAAUGAUAUACAACACUUAUCACUCUUAGAAAGUGAAUAUCAUCAGAUAUAUGAACAAUAUUGUAAAUACUACUGUGGAUAUGGUAUUGGGCUUGAAAAUGAUAAAAGUGAGAAUGGAAUUUUAUUAAGUAAUGUUUAUUGCUAUGAUAUAGCUGGUGACUCUUUUGGAACAACUUUCACAAUGAAACAUGUGACAAAUCCUUUGAAUAUGUUAAAUUUAGAUUCUUCUGAAGCUUCUAGUUUUAAUAAUUUAAUAUAUUACUUGGAUAUAAUUCAUAAUGUAGAAACCGUAGUAUCUCAUGUCUCUGGAACAGCAAUAUAUCGUCUUGGAUCUAUUUAUUUUUUUGGAUUCAAAAAAAUAGAUGAUUCUGACCCUCCAACUAGAGAUUCAAUGAAGCUUGAUGCAUGCAAAACAAAUUGGAUAGAACAUAAACAAGAUUUUAAUAUUACAAAUCAAAAUCUCAUGCGAACUCAGACAUUGGGAAGAGCUACUACUAUGACAAAUUCUCUGGAUAAUAAUUCUAGAAAUACAAUAACAAAUAAUACAUUAUUAUACCACUUAAAAAUAAUUGGUAAAUUAAUUGAAAAUACAGAUAAUACAAUGCUAAAAUAUAUACAGAAUGUUUUAAUUGAUAGUUUAAUUAAUAUUAUUAAUAAUAUACAUACUGUUAUAAUAUAA